AUGAUGUACAACACCUUCACCACCGGCCUCGUGGCUACCCUGCUUGCAGGUGCCCAGAUCGCCUCCGCCCACAUCGAAAUGUCCUACCCUCCCCCCUUCAGGUCCAAGUUCAACCCCAACGCCAACCCCGGCAGCAUCGACUACUCCAUGACCGCUCCCCUCAAGGAUACCGGCGCCGACUAUCCUUGCAAGGGCUACCAGGUCGACUUUGGUACUCCUUCCGGCAAGAGCGUUGCUACCUUCGUUCCCGGACAGACCUACAACAUGACCACUGCCGGCACUGCCACCCACGGCGGCGGUUCUUGCCAGCUCUCUCUCAGCUACGACAAGGGCGCUUCCUUCACUGUCAUCGAGUCCUACAUUGGUGACUGCCCUCUUGCUGGCAAGUACGACUUCACCAUCCCCGCCGAUACUCAGCCCGGCGAGGCCAUCUUUGCUUGGACCUGGCACAACAGAAUCGGCAACCGCGAGAUGUACAUGAACUGCGCUCCCGUCACCAUCGCUGCUAAUAACAAGCGUGAGGUUGCCGGCGCCGCUUUCUCCACUCGCCCUCAGAUCUUCGUCGCCAACAUCGGUAACGGCUGCAAGACCGACGAGAACUUUGACGUCCAGUACCCCCAGCCCGGCCCUAAUGUGGUUAACGCUCCGGGUGCUCCCCUCAAGGGCCCUGAGGGAACCUGCGGUGCCUCUGCUGCUCCUGCUGCUGGCUCUGGCUCUGGCUCUGGUUCCGGUUCUGGCUCUGGCAGCGGUGCCUCCAGCUCCAGCUCGGUUGCUGCUGCUCCCAUCACCACCAGCGCUCCCGCUCAGACCAGCGCUGCUGCUGGCGGUAACCCCGGCGGUAUCUUCAUCACUGCUCCCUCGGUCGGUUCCGACCAGGGCGGCAUCUUCCUCCCCUCCGCCACCGACAUUGUCAACGCCCCUAGCUCCAGCGCCGCCGCUGUCGUGAGCUCCGCCUCUGUUUCCGCUCCCGCUGUCGCCACCUCUGCUCCCACCGUCGCUACCACCCAGGCUCCCAUUCAGACCACCCUCCAGAGCAUCGCCAAGCCCAGCGCCACCGUCGUCGUCAGUGCUCCCGCUCCUAUUGCGACCGGCACCACUCCCGGCAACGGCUCUACUGUUGGCGCCUACGCUGUCGGCGCUGCCUGCACCUCCGAGGGCGCCUGGAACUGCAUCGCCGGCACUUCCUUCCAGCGCUGCGCCAGCGGCGCCUGGUCCGCCGUCAUGCAGAUGGCUGCCGGCACCAGCUGCUCCGCCGGCGAGAGCGCCCAGCUCAAGAUGAUCGCCAAGAGGCACCUCGCCAACGGCCCCAAGCUUGGUCGCUACCAGAGGCAACGAAUGGAACUCGCCAAUCGAUGA